AUUCAGUCCUCUUCACUGGAAAUUUACAAUUUUAGAUUACCAUCUUACUACCCGGCAUUUAUAUACCUAUUUACAAGGAUCAAAAUGGCACUUCCUCAGCUGUUGGCCGGUAAAGUAGCUGCCAUUACAGGAGGCCUCACAGGAAUCGGAAGGGCUAUCGCCCUGCAAUACAUUCGUCAUGGAGCAAAAGUCGCCAUCAACCAUCUGGGUGAUCCAAGGGAAGAUGCUCAAGUCGAGGACCUCCGGCGAGAUGUCAGUCAGCUCACAUCGGGAACAAAGGAGAAUAGAUUUAUUACAGUUGCUGGAGACAUUUCCCAGCCUGAAACUGGGAAACAGUUCGUGGCCGAGACUGUGAAGGAGUUUGGGCGACUGGAUGUUUUUGUGAGCAAUGCCGGUGUAUGCCAGUUUGCGGAUUUUCUUGACCUCGAACACCCCCUCCUCGAACACACCAUAUCUACGAAUCUCUCUGGCGCCUUCUACGCAACACAAGCAGCAGCAAGACAGAUGGCCCUCUCACAGUCUCCCCCGGGAGGAUCAAUUAUUGGAAUCAGCUCGAUUUCUGCAAAAGUUGGAGGGGGCCAGCAGACGCACUACACGCCGACGAAGGCUGGCGUUCUCAGUCUGAUGCAGUCAUGUGCUGUUGCGCUGGGCAAGUACAAUAUCCGAUGCAAUGCUCUGUUGCCGGGGACGAUACGGACGCAGCUCAACGACGAAGAUAUGGGGAAUGAGGAAAAAAGAAAGUACAUGGAGGGAAGAAUUCCUCUUGGGAGGCUGGGUCAACCUCGCGACCUCGCGGGACCAGCCGUUUUUCUGGCGUGCGAGGAGUUGAGUGGAUACGUGACUGGGGCUCAAUUGCUUGUGGAUGGGGGUCUAUUUGUCAACCUUCAGUGA